AUGAGCGGUUUGAAGUCGGACGAUGCCAAAGGCCCAGAGGUCAACCAACUGUCCGUACUCGCAGCCGCUGAGCAUCUCCGGGGCGACGUACUCGCGCGUGCCGCAAAAGGUCUCGGGCAUGUUGAUGGGGUUUGCCGGGGCGAUGCGAAGGUUGGACGAGGGCGGCGGCUGGGGCUUCUGGAACGGGUGCUUCCGCUUGCCCAGCAGCUUGAUGAGGCCCAAGUCGGCUCGGCGAUGCGGACGUGGCCGUCCAGGUCAAGCAGGACGUUCUCCAGCUUCAAGUCGCGGUACACAACGAACAGUAUGUGGAUGUAA